CGCAACGAUGUGGCGGGCGCUGCUGGCGGCGCUUGUGGCGACGGCGGUCGCGCAGUUCGAGCGGUACAGCUUCCGUAGCUUCCCGCGGGACGAGCUGAUGCCGCUGGAAUCCGCCUACCGCUACGGCCUGGACCAGUACAGCACGGAGAACUGGCCCGAGAGCGUCAGCUACCUGGAGGUGAGCGUGCGGCUGUACCGCCUGCUGCGCGACAGCGAGGCCUUCUGCCACCACAACUGCAGCUCCGCCGUGCCGCCCGCCGCCCCGCCGCCCGCCGAUGGGGAGCUGGCCGAGCUGCGCCUGCUGGCCGGGGUGCUGCGGCGGGCGCAGUGCCUGCGGCGCUGCAAGCAGGGGCUGCCCGCCUUCCGCCAGGCCCAGCCCGGCCGCGAGCUGCUCGAAGAGUUCCAGCGCCGCGAGCCCUACAAGUACCUGCAGUUCGCCUACUUCAAGGCUAAUAACCUUCCAAAAGCUAUUGCAGCAGCUCACACGUUUCUUCUGAAGCAUCCAGAUGAUGAAAUGAUGCAAAGAAAUAUGGCCUACUAUAAGAGCAUACCUGAUGCUGAGGAGCACAUUAAAGACUUGGAGACAAAGCCUUAUGAGAAUCUCUUUGUCAGGGCUGUGAGAGCAUACAAUGGUGACAACUGGAGAACAUCCAUCUCAGAUAUGGAACUGGCUCUUCCUGAUUUCUUCAAAGCCUACGAUGACUGUAUAGCAGCCUGUGAAGGCUCCCGAGAGAUUAAAGAUUUUAAAGACUUCUAUCUCUCCAUUGCAGAUCAUUAUAUUGAAGUCCUUGCAUGCAAAGUGCAGUGUGAAAGUAAUCUGACACCCAUUAUAGGAGGCUUUGUUGUUGAGAAAUUUGUGGCCACCAUGUACCAUUACUUACAGUUUGCGUAUUAUAAAUUGAAUGACAUGAAGAAUGCAGCCUCUUGUGCUGCUAGUUACCUUCUCUUUGACCAGAAAGAUGAAGUAAUGAAACAGAACAUGGUCUAUUAUCAAUACCACAAAGACAAAUGGGGACUUCAAGAAGAGGAUUUUCAGCCCAGAUCAGAUGCAGUUAGAUAUCACAACAUAACCACACUCCAGUUGGAAAUGUAUGAAUUUGCAAAGGAACAUCUAAUGGAUGAUGAUGAGGGUGAAGUGGUGGAAUUCCUUGAUGAGUUGUUAGAAAUGGAAGAAAAGAAUGAAUCCUGAUGAGUGAAAUCACCAUGAAGUAUUCUGUGAAAGUGAACGCUCACUAUUGUGCCUUAUUAUUGUUUUUGGUCACUCGUAGUUCCAGAUAGAUAUACCUCAAAACUGUUCCUUUACUCUCCAAAACACAUCACAUCUACCCCUCAGAUAUCACCUCCGUGCUGCACUGGCUCUUUCAUGAGCAUGGGUCUUCACUGUGCCUUUACAGAAUUGGUGCUUAUGAGUUUUCCUCCCAAGCUUUCUUUUCUUUACACAAACACGACAAAACUGACAAUUCUUAUUUUCUGGAUUGACACUAAGAUUCCUUGUUCCAGUGCUGUGCCAUAUGCUUUAACAGUGCAGAUAAAUUUGGAAGACCUUCUGUCAUAUCACGAACCAGGGAUGACAUAACAGUUCUUCUACACUUUCUAAGCUAUGUAAUUGUAUUAUUUAUAUAUGACUGUGAUGAUUAAAUAAAGUGACACUGAAUCCCAGUGCAUCUCACAGAUGUUCAGGUAACAAACAAGGACUUUAAACAGCUUGAAAGGAUUAAUGAAGCACAACUGGUGAGCUUCGAAAAACUGCUUUAAGAAUUCUAUAAACAUUUUUGAUCUUUCUUAAAACUGAAUGAAAUUCCACAUGAAAGUAAGGUCACUUAGAAUUGAACAAUAAAUAAUUCCUACUUCCUACCA